AUGGGUGAAUGGAAGAACGAUAAGCGUACUGGAUUCGGCGUUAGUGAGCGUAGCGAUGGCCUUCGUUACGAGGGCGAGUGGUUUGCAAAUAGAAAAUAUGGCUAUGGUGUUACGACUUUUCGUGACGGAACCAGAGAAGAAGGAAAAUACAAAAACAACGUACUUAUCACGAGCCAAAAGCGAAAACAUAUGUUUCUCAUGCGAUCGGCGAAAUUCCGAGAACGAGUUGACUCAGCAGUUAAUGCAGCACAACGCGCGUCGAAAAUAGCGCUCCAAAAGGCCGACAUUGCUAUUUCUAGAACCGCUACAGCCCGAGGUAAAGCCGAACAAGCAGAUGAAUCCGCAGACCAAGCUAAAGAAGACUGUGAUAUUGCACAAUCAACUGCUAAGCAGUUCGCACCAGAUUUUAAGCAUCCUGGCUUUGACCGCAUAGGGUUAAGAGAAAAAUAUCGACAAAAAGUCUACGAACAACAAAUUAAUACUCCUGUAACACAAGAAGCCGACAAAAUCUUAGACGGAAAGAGCAUUCCAAAUCAUAUCCCUCCGAUGCACCAACAAAUACCCCAAAUGAAUAAAAUACCAAACGCGAUUUCUUCUAGAAGACCAUCAACUCAAUAUCAACAUAACACAGGGCAACCACUGGAUCCCAGAUAUCCAAAUAACCCCCAUUUUAGUGCCGAUGAUAGAAAUCAAGGUUCUCAAUUUGACCAAUUUUAUAAACCUAACCAAGAACAACCAUGGAACGCUCCUGGAACUAUACAAAAUCAAAUACCAAAUCAAAAACUAUACCCAUCAAAUAAUCCACCUAGUGGAUAUAACAUACCGGAUAAUCAAUCAGCACCGCAAUCUUCUUAUCAAUUACAGCAUCAGCAAAGUAUGGACCAAAGCAACCAACAAUACUCUAACCAAAAUCGCAGAUUUUCGUCUUCCGUACGCCCAUCACCUAAUCAACGACCGUCACAAGAGUGGAACGCGGCUCCGGGACUAACGAGACGACAAAGUAUUCUUGCUCAACCCAUGAAUGAUCCUCAAAGUGAAUCGUACGUUGAUAGUGCUAUGGCUGCAUAUCGAAGAAACGAACUUCGUACUGGUACUGUGCAUUCAGAAGGUCCUCUAGAUAGACAAGUUCCAAAUACAGAUUCGCAAGGGUAUCGUCAACCUUUCGACCAGCAAGCUUACCGUCAGCCAUCAGAUCAACAAAUGUAUCACCAAUCUUCAAUCAACCAACCAGGCUACCGACAAACACCAGACAAGCAAAUGUAUCGUCAACAAGCGAUGGAUCAGCCAUCUUAUAGGCAACCAACUUCAACAGAGCAAGAUAUAAUUAAUGGGGAACGUGAGUUACGACAGCAAGGAUCACGCCCGUCAAUUGAUUACUUUGAUCAUUACAAAAGACCUCCAAGUAGAGACUCUAGCGUGGAUCGUUAUGGCAGACGAUCGAGACAACCAUCUGUAGAGGCUGCUCCUCCGAGUAGUGGUUCACGAGCUGGAUCCGUUGCACCCCAACCAUUACCUGCAUCUCGUCCUGCAUCCCGUGCAGCGACACCAGCUGGCAAUGGUCAUUUAGCUUCCGGUCGGGGCUCUAUUUCUAGAGCUUCUUCAAGAGAGCAACAGCCCUUCGAAGAUUCUCUUCUACGAAAAAGAACCCUCGGUCAAGAAAUUUCACCAUCACCCUAUCAACCUAAAAGAACAGAAAGUUUAUUUGUAGCACAAAAUCCAGCACCAUCGCCUCCGGCUCCCAUGGGAGGAGGAGGAGGAGGAGGAGGUGGUGGAGGUCGAAAGGCGGUGGGCGGCAGAGCUCAGCCGGUCAGCCCGUUCUAUUUCUAA